AUGUCAGCAAAUACGUUUCCCACGGUUCCUCCUCGGCCAUCCCGUUCUCCUAAUCCCUCAUCUCGAAACCCCGAGAUGCCAAAAGUUCCACCCCGUCCAACCAGUCGCCGCGUUGAUUGCCCUGCUUCUCCUAGCCGCGAUAGCUAUGCUCCGUCACCGCUGAACGAAUUGCCAACGGGGCUGGGUCCAGCACGCUCGCGCUCAAAGGAUGCCUCGAGAUCGCAAACUCCCGCUCGUCCCCCUAGCGUUAGUCUACCAUCAGUUGGGCAAGAAGGAGAGGAAUAUGAGAGUUUGCUAUACCAGAAUGCCAGUUGGGAUGACCAGGGACAAAGACAAGAGCAGCCUGUGGAGACGCGGAAUGUGCACCAGGAUCUACAUAUUCACGCUCCCAGGCCCUCAUUGCCGACUUCCACCGUCAAAGCUCAGGUGGCAGUUGUCACCAGAACCGCCUUGCAUCAGGCUGCCGCUGCGGGCUUCGGAAAAGCCGUAUCACCUGGCCACGAUGAGACAGACCACUCUAGAUCCAGGAAUUCACUGACUAACAACGACUCUCGUCGCGGAUCUUCUCCUGCGUCGACCAAUCAUCGGUCGCCAUUACACCUUGCCGACGAAGGAGGUAUUCCGGAAAUUGGCCAGAGGGUGCCUAUGGACCCCAACGCGGGCGAUGUACAGGCCCCUUCACCAGCUCCAUUUGGUGAUGUUGCCCGUGAUGUUUGGCAGCGAUCUGGACGUCAACACCAACGAACUAAAAGUGGUCGAGAAGGUUCACUUCCGCCUGGCAGUUAUGGUCUCCAUGGUCACGGAGUUCAACCGAAUGACAAAUUUGAACAAGCAUGGUAUGACAGUCACCCUGACGAAUUUGCACGGGAGGAGCAGGGUCAGUAUGGACCUGGUCUAGGGAACCAGCGACCGGAAUGGGCCAUGAGCAGCAAUGAUUUAAAUACAUUGGUUAGAACUUCUGCAAAUAGAGGUCUAGGCCUAGCAACUCACGCAAAUGUUGUGGGCACUCCGGAAGAAGAAGUAGGAUACAUUGCGACCGAUGAACUUGCUUCUCGGCUUGCUUCUCCACAUACUGGUUCCAGCUUAGCUAAGGGUGAGUAUAUUAAGUCGCAAAGUUUCAUAGAAUCUCCCCGGAAGAAAUCUGUUGUUCUUGGUGCAUUGGAUACUGAGCAUCAUGUUUCAACAGUGGACACUCUUGAGAAAGAGGAGGUAAUCCACAUCGACGAGCCACUUCAUCACCAACAUCACCCUGAUGGAUUUGCCCCCGCACCAGAGGAUCAUAAGCCACAUAAUCUGCAGUCAUUGGAAGAGCCUGGCCGGGGUGAAGGCAGUCCUGAUGAGGCUCCCGUUCUCGCGUCCGAUGAGAUUGAUCCAGGUAUUGAGCAUAUGCAACCUGCAGUCUCUCCCGUUCUUGAGCCCGAACCACCCAGUCGAACGCACAGUGCCUCCCAUAUGCGCCCGAGUAGCCGGCCCGUCAAUAUGCACGGUGCGGGACUGAACUCGGCAAGGCUCAACUCCCGCGGUGAGGAACGUGAGGAAAUUAAAACGGCACUUGAAGACGUUCAAGAACUUGAACCUCUGUUCCCAGAAGAUGAUGACGUGACUAAAAUAACGUCUACAGACCGAUUUAAGCGUCGUCCUGAACAACAUAGGUUCCCAAGUAAAGAUAUUUGGGAAGACAGUCCUGAUAGCUUACAAUUAGAAGCUACUGUCACAACGCCUGAUAUACCAAUCGAACUAAACGGUGCUGAAGACAAGUGCCAAUCAGAGCCAUCAUCAGAACAGCAGACUUUACAGAUAGGACCCAGCUCUCCAUCCAAAGAGUUCCAGAGCCAUCUGGAAGAUGAAAAGCCUCCCAGACCAGACUCCAAGCAGCGAUUUCCAAGUAAUGAUAUAUGGGAAGAUGCUCCUGACAGCCAUCAACUCGUAACGACUGUUCAGCAUAUUCCUGAAGAGGAGGAAACUACACCUACGUCUCCCCAACACUCAGUGAAGCCCACAUUCCCGACUAUUCCAGCUCGUCCCUCAAAAUCAACAAACGUAAGUCCCGUCGAAGCGAAAAGCACAAGUCCAACCGAGCUCAGAAAACCACCUGCAGUCCCCAACCGUCCGAAACCCAAGCCCCACCAUCCCGCACGACUAGCAAGACCAGCAUCGCACAACUCUGAAGAGAGCCUGCCUAAAACAAGCUCUGCAAGCUCAGCUGAACCUACACCCCUGCCUGCUACGAAACCUAAACCUCCCAUCCCUUCUCGUCCCGGGGGAUCAAAGAUCGCUGCUCUGAAGGGUGGAUUUCUCGCAGAUCUUGAAGGUCGAUUGAAGUUGGGGCCCAAGCCUCUAGAAAAGAAGGCAGAACCUGAAGAGUCGUCGUUGAAAAAAGCGCCGCUAAGCGAUGCACGGAAGGGUCGAGCGCGAGGGCCAGCCAGAAGAAAGCCUGCAGUUGCCGCUGGAUCUGCUUCAGAACCCGCCAAAGAGUCCGCCGUGCCUGAGAUUCGGUCCGUAGGCGCCUGGGAUGUCUGGCAGAUUGGCAGAGAUGGGGUUCUCGUGCUAUCCAAGUUCCCCGCCGCGGAGCGUGCUGAAAGUUCACCCUGCGACCUUUCCCAAGACGCGACUAUCCCCCAACCUCCUGGGGCGUACGAUUUGUCAACGGAGACGACUUCAAAACCCGCUGCAGUUGAUCACGAUGAAUCCUCGGCUGCAGCUGCUGCUCGCGACUCGACGUUAUCGUCAUCUUCGCCGCGGAAUGUACAGGUCCCUACGACUAUGUCGAGUCACGAUGAUUUAGAUACGCCUGUCGAGGCGGAGAUUGAGCCGCACGUUGAUACGCCGUUGGUUGUGUCUGAGCCUGCCGCACAAAAAACUAUUUCCGCAGCCGAUGAAGGGGAAGAGCAAACUUCUGUUGCACCGGAGGUGGAGGAGAAGAUUUCGGAACCAUUGGAUGGCGAUGCUGCUUCUUCUUAA